CGACGCGUCAGCGCCCAAUCAGGGGAGGCCAGCAUCGGGCAAGUUUGGGGUUUGACGGACGAUUCAACUACAGACAUUGACUCCCUUGGUCAGAGAUGCAUACGGCAGGAAGUUUACAAGAACUUACACCUAUCAUGUCGAAUCCGAACUCACCCAACAAAGAAGAGGCAUCCUGUGAUGGCGCCUCCCCCAAGCCGGCUCGCAAACGAGCAGUCCCCGGGCGUGGUCACUGCAAAUCCAGGAAAGGCUGCUUUAACUGCAAGAAACGCCGCGUCAAAUGCUCUGAGGAGCUGCCAAGUUGUCGAGGCUGCCGGCGCCUUGGCUUGGACUGCUUGUACCCCCCUCCACCACAGCCAGCACUCACCCCAUCAAGAAAUCCCAGCCCACGGCCGUCAACUCUUCGCUUGGAGGACCUCCGCUUCUUCCACCACUUCUUGACUGCCGCGUAUCCGGCCCUCCCUUUCGGCCUGGAUCACAUCUGGCAGACUGUCGCCGCUAUGGCGCACGAGUACGACUUUCUCGCCCAUUCCAUUCUCGGUCUUGCCGCACAGCAUCUCACCGUGUCUACUACGUCCAACUUCUCCAUCGAGGCUCUAGACCACCGGGUCUCGGCCAUUGCUGCACUAAACGAGGCCCUUUCAAAGACUUGUCUUUCCCUCAACGAUGCCGACGCCAGGUUCGCCGCCGCUAUCGCGCUCACGUUCCAGUCGAGCUACAUGCCCGACGGCAUGAUGGACUUUUUCCGCAUGCUCCGCGGUUGGAUGGCCAUCCAAACGACCCUGGUUCCGGCAAUGGGAGAGUCCAUGUUUCACGCUAUCAAGGAGGAUACUUAUGUUAAAAGCAUGAGGAAACUAUUGGGCGCCGCCGCUGACGCCGACGAGGAGGAACGGAGGGAACUACAGCAGACUCUGCAGGACUUUAUGGCUUCGCUGCGUCUGGUGGCACCACUGUGUCGGAGCGCAGCGGAACUUCAUUAUGUGGCUUCUUUGGAGAGAAUCGCGCGCGUGUGCGAGAUGUCGCCCGUUAACGCAUGCCUCGAGCUCGUGCCGUUCUACGCCGUAACCAACGACAUGGACGCCGACGAGUUCGCCAACUUUACAAACCCCACCAACUUCACGGCCCAGAUCCUGCUGGCGCACUUCUGGAUGCUCACCCAUGUCCUGCAGCGCCACGCGCUUGGCCCAGCUCGCGCGUCCCUGGUCAGAGACGAGAUCAUCUUCCAAUGGGUCGAGACUGCUGUGCAUAAACUGCCGGGGAGCCAUAAGCGCUAUGUCUUGUGGCCGCUCGGGUUGGCGAGGUUACGGGGCCGUUCCGGAAAUUUUGAAGGGCCGAGGGAAAUAAAUGGUUGACCUUGUGGUGGUGUUCGGGGGUGACCGGGGGGCGCAAUGCGGCUGGCUGUCGGGGUGAUCCCCCCUGGGACUGACUGACCGGAACGACCAAAGCGACGGCUGAGCCAAUCACAACCCACGGUUGUCAACUUGUCAACGGGAGCAACAUCAACGACACUAGUCUCCGUGUCAACGCCAGAGACGCUUAAUGCUAUGUUUAGG